GUCGGGCGGACAGAUGGCCGACGAGAUAAGCAAAGCCCGGGCGGCCCGGCCCGGCGGAGAGACCAUCUUCGGGAAAAUCAUCCGCAAAGAGAUCCCGGCCAAGAUCAUCUUCGAGGAUGAUCGGUGCCUUGCGUUCCAUGAUGUUUCUCCACAAGCUCCAACUCAUUUCCUGGUGGUUCCCAAAAAGCCUGUUGCUCAGUUAUCUCAAGUGGAAGAUUCUGAUGAAGCUCUUCUUGGGCAUUUAAUGAUUGUGGGUAAGAAAUGUGCUGCUGAAUUGGGCCUGACCAAGGGAUAUCGAAUGGUGGUGAAUGAAGGGCCAGAUGGUGGUCAGUCUGUCUACCAUAUACACCUACAUGUCCUUGGUGGUCGCCAGAUGGGUUGGCCUCCUGGUUAAGAU